AUGAAUUCCUAGUAGCAUAGUUUCUUUUGAGGGAAAAAAGAAAGAAAGGAAGGAGAAAGAAGUAGUAGUUUGCUAUGCCUUUUAAAGCCUAUAAAUAGAAACACAUCCGACCUUGUUUGCAGAAGAAAUCUCUAAUCUGAGUUUUCUUGUGAGAGAAACAAGAGAAGAAAGAUGGAAAUUGUUGUUGAGCCUGUUGUUUCGUUCCUCGUCGAAAAACUCGGCAAUCUGCUCAUUCAAGAAGCUAUUUCCUUGAUUGGAUUGCGAGCUCAGGUGGAAUGGAUCGAAACAGAACUGGGUUGGAUGCGGUCCUUCUUAAAAGAUGCAGAUGCUGAACAACAAGGAGAUGAAAGAGCGAAGAAGUGGGUGCGGGACGUCCAUGGCAUUGCAUACGAUACAGAGGAUGUCAUCGACUCCUUUCUCUUGAAGGUAGAAUCCUUGAGGGGACGAGGAUCCUUGUGCUCCAUCAAGAGGUGUGCUUUCAUUGUCAGUGAGUUGAUAGCUCGCCAUAAGAUUGCUUCAAAGAUCAAACAUAUAAAGCUUAAAAUCGAUGACAUCUCCAAAAGAAGGACAACUUACGGCAUCGAAAGCAUAGGCAGGGCGGAAGGGUCAAGCUCUGCAGGUCGAAGCCUCCAAGAAUGGAGGCUUACUUCUCCUAAUGUUCAAGAACCAGAUUUUGUUGGUUUUGAGAAGGACUUGGAGGCAUUGGUCAUGCGGUUGACGGAGGGAGAGCUGCGACGUUGUGUUGUAUCUGUAGUCGGAAUGGGUGGUCUUGGUAAGACUACUCUUACUAAGAAACUUUAUAACACUGAUAGUGUUAAGAAACAUUUCCAUACUCAUGCAUGGAUUUCUGUAUCACAAGAGUAUGAUGUGAGAGAUCUUUUGGGGGUCAUCGUAAAACGCUGUCUGGUUCUCUCUAAUGAGGAGCUCGAAAUGGUGGAGAAAAUGAAUGUUGUUGAGCUGAGGGACAAGAUUUCCGAGUAUCUGAAUCACAAGAGAUACUUGGUGGUAUUGGAUGAUAUAUGGAAAGGCGAAGCAUGGGAUUCUUUGAAGGAUGCGUUUCCAGAUAUGAAUAAUGGAAGUAGGAUCGUGCUCACCACACGCAACAAAGAUGUAGCUUUAUAUGCAGAUGCACGAAGCCAGCCCCACGAACUGCGAUUUCUAAACAAUGAAGAGAGCUGGAAAUUGUUCCGGAAGAAAGCAUUCCCAGGACAAGAUGGUGGUUGCCCUCGGGAUUUGGAAGUGUUAGGAAGAGAGAUUGUGGAAAAAUGCCACUGUCUACCUCUUGCGAUCGUUGUCAUUGGAGGGCUCUUAUCAAGGAAAGAACCAAGAGAGUGGGAGAAUGUAUGCAAGACCAUUAGCUGGCAGUUUAUCAAGGGAGAUGUCAAAAUCUCCAGUAUAUUAUCUUUGAGUUAUAAUGAUCUACCCCAUCGCUUGAAACCAUGUUUUCUCUACUUGGGCAAUUUUCCAGAGGACUACGAGUUCCACACCAUGGAAUUGAUUCGAAUGUGGGCUGCAGAAGGGUUCCUUCAACAGAGGGGGGAAGAAACAUUGGAGGAGGUUGGAGAAAUGUUUCUGAAGGAAUUGAUUCAGAGAUGCAUGGUUCAAGUUGCAAAAAGAAGUUCAAGCGGGGGUAUUAAAAGUUUUCGCGUCCAUGAUCUUUUACGGGAUCUCUCCAUAUCAGAAGCUAAGGAAGGUAAGUUCCUCGAAGUCCACCAUGGAAAUAUGAAUGUUACGUCUGCAUCUAGAGCCCGUCGACUUGCAAUUCACCAUAAUGACUUGAGUAAGUACAAUUCCUUAACGUCUUCCUCUCCACACGUUCGCUCUGUGUUGAUCUACACCCAAGGCUAUUCGUGGCUUCAAAGGAAACAAGAGAAGUUUCUGUACAGAGGCUUUAAGUUGCUUAGGGUGCUAUGUUUACAUGGUGCACCAAUAGAAAAGCUACCGACAGAAAUAGGUGAACUCGUCCACUUGAGAUACCUUGGGUGUACCAAAACUUUCUUAAAAAGCCUCCCAUCAUCCAUAGGCAAUCUUCCCAGUUUACAAACUCUAUCUGUAGCAUCUUUUGAUAACAUCAAAGUACCCAGCACAAUAGGGAAGAUGCGACAGUUAAGACAUCUUCAAGUGAAGGGGGUAGAUAAGUUGAAUUACUUGGGAUGGGUGGGACCUUGGGGAGUGAUAGAAGGACAUCCAAGGCUAGACCAGAUGAGUAAUCUGCAGACUCUGUCACAUGUAAAGGCUGGCAAAUGGAUGCAGAGUUGCUUGGGAAAGCUCACCAAUCUUAGGAAAUUAGGAAUCGGUUUAGUUACAGGAGCAGAUGCUGAGGUAUUCAAUGAAUCAAUUGCCAAUCUGGGCUGCCUCCAGUCUCUGUCGAUAGUGACACAAGGCUUCGAGUAUAAAAACCAAGGGUCGUUGGUACCUCUUUCACCUCUUCUCAAGUUAAGUAAGUUGCGUUUGGAAGGUAGGUUAGAGAAGUUACCUGAGUCUAUUGAAUUCCCAACAAACCUCACUAAGCUCACCUUGCUAUUCUCCUGUUUAAAUCAGGAUCCGCUGGCGACGUUGGAGAAGCUGAAAAACCUUCGUAUUCUCAGAUUACUUUCGAGUUCAUAUAGGGGAAAGGAAAUGGCUUGUGCUGCGCAAGGAUUUCCUCGACUCAAAUCCUUACAUCUUGAAGGGUUACAUCAAUUAGAAGAGUGGACAGUGGAGGAAGGAGCUAUGCCAAGUCUUUUACAUUUACAGAUCAAUAAAUGCUGUCAUUUGAAGAAGCUUCCAGGACUGCAACAUGUGGCCACACUUGAGAAAUUGGAGCUGCGAGACAUGCCCAAUGAAUUCAAAGAAAGGGUUCGAGAAGAGGGAGAGGAUUGGCACAAGAUUCAUCACAUACCUUCCAUUGACAUAACCAAUGAUAAAGUUGAGGUGACACCAGAUUCACUUCUUGGAUCUCGACUUUUUGGGGUUCUAAAUUGAUUGCAUUGGAGAGCACACAAGGGUUAGGAAAUGGCUUGUUCUGCACAAGGGUUUCCUCUACCUGAAUACUUGCGAGUUACGUUGGUGAGACUUCUUUGCUCUCAUUAUUUUUAUGUCCCUUUUAGUUGUAGUUAAUAUAAGCAUAUGAAUAGUAAUUCUAGUUAUAUUCAUCAAGUAACUUACGCUAGUUCACAAUCUUUAGAAUCUUGAUAUGGCAACUGCCGCUAACUUCUCCAUUCUUUGACUGUAUGUAUCCAUACAUGGUCAUGCUAGUGGUCAUUUGCUAAUUCUUGGAGGAAAUGCCUUAACUAAGAAUGGUUUUGGCUCAAUCAUGGUAGCCGUACUUUGUUUUGAUGGUCCAUAAAUGGGGCAUUAUAUGGUUGGACGAAACCAUGGUAUCAUCCAUCUAGUAGGCUCUCUCGUGUGGACCAUCAUAUAAAUUCACAUUGGUUGGACAAUCUUUAGUUGUUUGAUCAUUGACUUAACCAUGUUUGUUUUCAUCAAGAAGCUGAUGUGCAUCAAUCAUGCCAUUAUGGCACAUGCGAGUGAAAUCUGGAACACCUAUCAGGUGAGAACCAUAACGAACAUGACCUAGCCCAAAAAUCAGAUAAGUCAACUCAUCAGGUCACCUAUACCUGUAUAAGAGAAAUGUAUUGUCGAAGAAAAACAUUUGAAAAGAUUUAGUGCGUACGUGUAUAAGAGAAAUGUAUUGUUGAAGAGAAACAUUUCGAUGGACCAUCUUUGUUUAUGGGAUACGACAUGUUUAUUGCAGUCCCCACAUGAUGAACAAUCCAGAUCUGUGCUGUGUUAGCAUAUGUUCUGUAGAUUGCCUCUUUGGAUGAAUAACAUCAUCAUGUUCCUCUGUAUCAGUUGCUUAUAUCAUAGAUUCAACAGUGGGCGAUGGCGUUCGCAGUAGACAUCGUCCUGGCAAAUGUAUCAAACAUCUGAGUUGUAUAUAAAAUGGCCCACCUCAUGACAAUGACCUAUGCAAAAAUCAGGCUAGUUAACAAAUAAAGCAGGCCAAUCAUGCGUGUUCAACUACCACAGAUUGCAAAUUAAUUUAAAAUGACAAUACUUCCCGUAUGAUGCUACCAUAUGGGUGGAUUAACCUAAAUUUUGCAUUUGCUCAUCUUCAAGACAGUGAUUGUAUUGCAAUGUUCCUUUUGGUGGUGGUAUUGUAAUUUUCCUCGUUCCAAAAGAACUCAUAGAAGGGCCAAGAUGUUUGGACUUUGUGGAUCCAUACUUUCAAACCAUAUUGAAUGAGAAUGGUAAUUACCCAUCUGCACUGAAAAUUAAUUCGCCAUUAGUGAUUGUUCUUAAUUGUUACAAGUUCUCGUUCUAACAGGACCCAAUCGGAUCCAAGCGAAAGUUCCUAACCACACAAUCUUUGUCCUUUUUCCUAGGCUUUUUACUGUAUUUUUUUCUCCUUAACAGUUUACCUGCAGGCUAUUGAUCGAAGGAUUAGGAACUUCCAAUCUGGGGACAUUUUCUGUCCAAAUUGAGACCCAUCAGAGCUAUAGUCUGGAUUACCACCAGCCCCACCGGAUUGUAGGAACAGGUGUGCUCAUGAGUUGUUUUAGUAUAAAUAGUAGAACAUUUCUUUUAGGUUUUAACUAGAGAUCUGAUUUGCGGUCUUUCGUUUGUAGUAGAAGUUGCUUCGCAUGUAAGAGGCAAAUGGAUGUGACACAGUGAAUGGUCACCAAUGAAAGUUCAUUUAUGAAUGGUGUGAGAUGUUUGGAUGAUAUUUUCAAAUUGUAGCAUGAUCGAUGUCUACAUCUUUUCCUGCCAA